CACAUGGAACUUAACGGGAAAGGAGGAAGGGGAGAAAUGUUCACAAGUGUCAGAUUGUGUCCCUAAACCUGAUCAACCAAAUGUAGACUCGAAGCAGCAUAUGGCACCUCCUAUAGCCAGGGGUCUGGGCUCGCAUAGUGCACUGAAGGGAGAGAAUGGUCGGUGUAUUAGGACACGGCCGGGUGACAUAACGGUCCACAAACACACACGCUUGAAAAACUUUUUUAGGUGCUGGCAUAGACUUUCGUUCGCAAGUGUCACAAUCACAUUGCCUUGUGAGUGUGACAUGUCAUAUCAUCCUGCCACGUUUCGAUCUGCGUCAGGAGGCUUUGCUCAGAUGUCAUCGGUCUCGCCUCGUCGUUUCAAUGGUCAAGACUUUGUCGCGUCAAACUUUCCUUGUUUUGAGUCGACCAUAUUUGGUCUCGUAGCUUCAAAAUAACGUGCCGUUUAGAGAGUUGCGAACUUUAUGGAAUGGCAUCGGCGGUGUUUGAGGGAACCUCCCUGGUCAACAUGUUUGUAAAAGACUGCUGGGUUAACGGCAUCCGCAAGCUGAUCAUAAACCCGCGGGGUGAAGAAGAGGAGUUCUUUGAUAUACGGACCGAGUGGUCGGAUAGAAGCGUCUUGUACCUCCACCGAAGUUAUGCGGAUUUAGGACGACUUUUUAAAAGACUCUUGGAAUGUUUCCCGGAAGACAGACGAGAUUUGUCUAAGUCUUCUUUAAUAGAAGGUCUCAUAAAGAUUAAAGAAGCAAAGAACAUUGAGGUCAGGCUGGAAGAGGUAGAGAGGCUGCUAAAGACUGCCAUCAAUAUGCCUUGGAAGUUUUCCAGGUCAGAGGUCGUCUUAACUUUUUUUGAACGUUCAGCACUAGAUCAGGUUCUGAGGAAUGACAACAUCCACAAGAUACAGCCAUGCUUCCAGAGCCCCAUCAAAAUAUCAGAGAUUAUGAGGUCAAAUGGGUUCUGCCUGGCAAACACAGAGACCAUUGUAAUUGAUGAGAAUGUUCCUCAGGAUAAGAAUCGACCAUCCUCUGCUGACUCAGCACAUCACUCGUAUGACGAGGAUGGGAAAGAGUGUCAGUCUUCAGAGCAAGACCUCAGUGAUGAUGACACAGAGGCAUAUGUCACCAACCUGUCUUACUACCACCUAGUACCCUUCGAGACAGAUAUCAUGGAAUAAAGGGACAUUGUACUGUGAUGAUGAUAUGCAGAUGCCUUAAAUCUCCACUCCAACAGUACAAAAAGCUUGCUAGCAGUGUUUAUGCAUGGCUGAGUGUUGGGCUUGUGGAUACAGACAUUCCAUUAGGUUGUUAACACACACCUGCGAGUGUUGCUAUGCUGAUCAGUGCCUAUGAUGUUCUUUUUACUUAUGUGGUUUUGAAAUCCGUUCCAAGUUAAAGGAAAUGCUUCCAGCCAGUUAGCAUUAUAAGUGAAUGAUUAAGUACAUCUCUAAAAAUCUUAAAGCAUAGUUGUAACUUGGUUCUAAUGUAGAGAGGAUGCAUUCAGAAGCAUAUUGAUGCAGUUGAGGAAGACAGAGCUAUUGCAAGCAACUCUAUGAUCUGACAAUACAGCAUCAAGCAUCAUAAUACUAGAAAAAGUUAACUGUCACAUGUUAUAGUAAUGUUAAGAGAUUUAAGAGAGAGUCAACAUCUGGAUUUGUUGAUGUCUUCUGGUAAUAUAAAAGGUUAUGCUGUUGCCACAGUGGAAUGUAGAUAAGAGACUAAAGGUAAUGUAAAACAUUACCUUUACACAUAACACACUCAUCUUACAGUCUUGUUUAUCGGGGCUAUUAAUUGUAACCAUUAGGACAGACAGUGAGAGGGGCAGAGAUACAGGCAGGUAAACAUUCAUUUAAGUGCUUAAUACUAAAAAUAUACCAGGUUAAAUAAGCCAAACAGUGAACACAAGGUAAAACAUCUCAUUGUCAUGUAUCGGAAAUGGAUGAAAGUGAAGUGUAAGAACGCUUAUUUAUAUAAAAGGCAAACAGGGCAAAAUGGUAAGCAUCCAAAAUUCCAGGCCCAAAUGGAAAUUGGACACAAAUCAUAACAAAAUCACAUUACAACAGAGGAUAGAAUGUGGAAGUCUGCUAAGGGGGAAAAAAAUAAAAAUAAAUAAAUAAAUAAAUAUAUAUAUAAAUAUAUAUAUAUAUAAAAACUCUGAUUCAUCGUGUGUAAGCCAAAAACAUGAGAUGAGAUAAAAGAAAGCAAAGGACAUACAUAGAAUAAAGGGAUAGAGAGAGCAAACAAAUACGUCAUUAUUCUUGGCAAAAGAGCAAACUAAAUUUGCAAAGAAUGAAACUAGGGCUUUUAUAGAAGCUAUUCAAAGUACAUGAGUUACAUGUGAGAAUCUGAGUGGGUUUGAAUGUUGGAGAAUUUUGCGAUUUGCGAGUGAUGAUUGACAGUCAAUGUAAUUAAUCCUCUAUUUGACUAUUAAUGAAAUGAUGAAAAUACAGUAGAUUUGUAGGAUAAAUAGGAUCAGAAAUCCCAAUUCUAUGUAAAAUGACAAAAAUGAUUAAUAUAAUUUGUAUGAAUACAGAACAAUUGCUCACCUCUCUAUUCAGAUCAGCUUCCAAAGUUCAUCCAUCUAUGCUGCCAGCAUCAUUGUGAAACUAUCUUUUAGAUCACUAACAUAUCACUAUCUCAUAUGUUAUGGAACAUGGCUGGGAAAUUGUAAAUGAGAAAAGAUCUUGUUAUUUGGUUUUUAAGAGCAACAGGGAACCCUGACUAUUUUUUCGGAUAUUGUUAAGAAUGUUUCUUGUAUUAAAUGCCACUGAAACUAUACCAGCAAUAGCAUUGAGCCCUCGUGGCAUCAGUGUGGCACACAAGCUCUAACUUCAGCAUCAUCUUGCAAAUUUAUGUCUAAAAGUUUUUUAACAUAAAAGUAUUUUAUUUGUAUUAGUGUUCAUUAAAUGUCACAGGAUUGACUAUCACAGAAUCCUAACUAGUUGUAAAAAUCUUUCACCAGAAUCACACCAACUGCCAUGGGUCUCCACCAUGUUUGUUAUUCUCUGCAUUUAUGUAUUUUUUUUCUAAAUCCUAGCAGACAUAAACCUCCUAUUUAGUGUCAAGGUGUUUAACUCUCCUGUUUACAUUGCUAGAUUGUCUAUUAUAAAAUUAUAGAGAAUUACAGAUUGUCAAAAAUCCCAAAACUGUGACUAGUUGUUUACCUUUUUUUUUUUUUGCAGGCUGUUGCAAGUCAAUGCAGUAAUUUUUGAGUUUAAAAUAGUUCAAGGGCUCAGUUAUGGUUUAAGCACCACAUAAACCAAAGUGUGUUUAAAGAAAAAAACUUAUUUUUUAAAUUUUUUAAUUUUUUUACCGAGAGGCAGUUUAUGUAAUAUAAAUGUAUUCAUGGAUCAUACUAAAAAAAAAACGUAGUUCUUAAAACAUCAAAUGUGGCAAGAAUGUGACAAUUUGAAUUGUCAAAUAAAUGUAAUUCACACUUUUAAGGUAAGAAAAAAAAUCCAUUUAGUAUGUGAGACCCUUCUGUGACUUUUUAGCUCUUUUACAAUAAGCCAACUCAAGAACCUAUGCUGCUGUUUUCUUUUUCUGCAUGCAAGUACAAGCCUAACACAACUGUUAAUGUGUGACCUGGAUAUUUAAUAUUUGCAGUUUGUGUCAAAAUGUCCACAUCAGCUAAAUGGAAAUGAACUAAAUGGAUUUGUUUAAAAGAAAUGAGCUAUAUGUUUAUUAUUCAUGAGCUCAGCAGCUCAGACAUUAACAAACCUUGUCUAACAUUCCAA